AUGCGAGAAAUUCUUCAAAUUCAAGCUGGGCAAUGUGGCAAUCAAAUUGGCACUAAGUUUUGGGAAGUGAUUUCGGAUGAACACGGUAUACAACCUGAUGGUAUGUACUGUGGUGAAUCGGAUUUGCAGCGCGAGCGUAUUAAUGUGUACUACAAUGAAGCAAGCAGUGGCCGUUAUGUUCCGCGUACUGUUCUGGUUGAUCUUGAACCCGGUACCAUGGAUUCAGUUCGUAAUAGUCCAUAUGGAAAGCUUUUUCGCCCCGACAAUUUUGUUUUUGGUCAAAGUGGUGCAGGAAACAAUUGGGCGAAAGGACAUUAUACGGAGGGCGCAGAGCUAGUUGAUAAUGUUCUGGAUGUCGUGAGAAAAGAAGUUGAAGGGUGCGAUUGCUUGCAGGGUUUUCAACUCACUCAUUCGCUGGGAGGCGGUACAGGUUCAGGCAUGGGAACCUUGAUGAUAUCGAAAAUUCGU